GGGAGGCUCGAGGCCAGCCCGGGACCGGGGCUGGGAGCUGGAAGGCGGCUGCGGCGGCGGCGGCGGCGGCAGCGAGCGCCCGCGCUCCGGCGCCCCCAGGCGGUGGGGCUGAGAGAGCCCGAAGAUGGCUCCGAGCGCUGACCUCGGCGUGUUCAGGAUGUUACUGUUCCUGCUGCUGCUGUGGUUUCUGCCCCCAACCGAGGGGUCUCAGCGUGCUGAACCCAUGUUCACUGCAGUCACCAGCACGGUCCUGCCCCCUGACUAUGACAGCAACCCCACCCAGCUCAACUAUGGUGUGGCAGUCACCGAUGUGGACCAUGAUGGAGAUUUUGAGAUCGUUGUGGCAGGGUACAACGGCCCCAACCUGGUUCUGAAGUAUGACCGGACCCAGAAGCGACUGGUGAACAUUGCAGUGGAUGAGCGCAGCUCCCCCUACUAUGCCCUGCGGGACCGGCAGGGGAACGCUAUUGGGGUCACGGCCUGCGACAUUGACGGGGAUGGCCGUGAGGAGAUCUACUUCCUCAACACCAAUAAUGCCUUCUCAGGGGUGGCCACGUACACGGACAAGUUGUUCAAGUUCCGCAACAACCGCUGGGAAGACAUCCUCAGUGACGAGGUCAACGUGGCCCGCGGUGUGGCCAGCCUCUUUGCCGGGCGCUCCGUGGCCUGCGUGGACAGGACGGGCUCUGGACGCUACUCUAUCUAUAUCGCCAAUUAUGCCUACGGUAACGUGGGCCCUGACGCCCUCAUUGAAAUGGACCCCGAGGCCAGUGACCUUUCCCAGGGCAUUCUGGCGCUCAGAGAUGUGGCUGCUGAGGCCGGGGUCAGCAAAUACACAGGGGGCCGCGGUGUCAGCGUGGGUCCUAUCCUCAGCAGCAGUGCCUCAGACAUCUUCUGUGACAAUGAGAAUGGGCCCAACUUCCUCUUCCACAACCAGGGUGAUGGCACCUUCGUGGAUGCUGCUGCCAGUGCCGGUGUGGACGACCCCCACCAGCAUGGGCGAGGUGUCGCCCUAGCCGACUUCAACCGAGAUGGCAAAGUGGAUAUUGUCUAUGGCAACUGGAAUGGCCCCCACCGGCUCUACCUGCAGAUGAGUGCCCAUGGGAAGGUCCGCUUUCGGGACAUCGCCUCGCCCAAAUUUUCCAUGCCAUCCCCGGUCCGUACCGUCAUCGCCGCUGACUUUGACAAUGACCAGGAGCUGGAGAUCUUCUUCAACAACUUCGCCCACCGCAGCUCCUCAGCCAACCGUCUCUUCCGGGUCAUUCGCAGGGAACACGGCGACCCCCUCAUCGAGGAGCUCAAUCCUGGUGAUGCCUUGGAGCCUGAGGGUCGGGGCACAGGGGGUGUGGUGACAGACUUCGAUGGAGACGGGAUGCUGGACCUCAUCUUGUCCCACGGGGAGUCCAUGGCUCAGCCGCUGUCUGUCUUCCGGGGGAACCAGGGCUUCAGCAACAACUGGCUGCGAGUGGUACCUCGGACUCGGUUCGGGGCCUUCGCCCGGGGAGCUAAGGUCGUGCUCUACACCAAGAGGAGUGGAGCCCACCUGAGGAUUAUCGACGGGGGUUCGGGCUACCUGUGUGAGAUGGAGCCCGUGGCGCACUUCGGCUUAGGGAAGGAUGAAGCCAGCAGUGUGGAGGUGACGUGGCCGGAUGGCAAGAUGGCAAGCCGGAAUGUGGCCAGUGAGGAGAUGAACUCCGUGCUGGAGAUCCCCUACCCCCGGGAUGAGGACAGACCUCAGGACCCAGCCCCACUGGAGUGCGGCCAAGGAUUCUCCCAGCAGGAAAACGGCCAUUGCCUGGACACCAAUGAAUGCAUCCAGUUCCCAUUCGUGUGCCCUCGAGACAAGCCCGUGUGUGUGAACACGUACGGAAGUUACAGGUGCCGGACCAACAAGAGGUGCAGUCGGGGCUACGAGCCCAACGAGGACGGCACAGCCUGUGUGGCUCAAGUGGCCUUUUUAGUGUCACAAGGACCCUAUUUUGCCCUUAACAAAGAUGGCUCCCAGGCGGUUGCUUGCUGUUGAUUCACUCGUGUACCGUGUGCCUGCUGGUUUGGCCUGUGCUGUUUCUGCUCUGUGCACCCUGACUCGUUGUGGUAGAGAAAGCCUUGUUGGAGUUGGUGGUCAUGAUGGGAGGGGAAAGGGUGACCCUUUGGGACUCUUGAUAAAAAUGUUAAAGUUGGAACUUGCUAAGUCUUCCAGCCACUUUCUGGAGAAAUUAUGCCAAUAAACUCUCUGCUGGAUA